CUGGCCCCCACCGCCCCGGCUGCCCGGCGCCCAUUGGCCCGAGGCCGGGGCACCGCCGGCACCGUUGGGCUCUGCUCGCUCUUAAACCUCGGCACCCAUCCUCCCGGCACCCUUCGGCACGACCGCCGGGCCCCGCGCACCGCCAGCCCUCCCAUGCGGCUCGGAGCCCGCCGGUAACAGGCAGCCACCAUGUCGCAGGGCUCCGGGGACAGCGGGAGCCUCGUCUUCCUCGCGGCGCUGCUCGCGGCGCUGGGGCUCUCUCCGGUGCUGGCCAUCCACGUCUACACGCAGCGGGAGGUCUACGGCACCGUGGGCUCCCACGUCACCCUCUCCUGCAGCUUCUGGUCCAGCGAGUGGAUCUCCGAGGACAUCUCCAUCACUUGGCACUUCCAGGCUGAGGGCUCCCGGGACAGCAUCUCCAUAUUUCACUACGCCAAGGGGCAGCCCUACAUCGAUGACGUGGGCACUUUCAAGGAGCGCAUGGAGUGGGUGGGCAACCCGCACCGCAAGGACGGCUCCAUCGUCAUCCACAACCUGGACUACACCGACAACGGCACCUUCACCUGCGACGUCAAGAACCCCCCUGACAUCGUGGGCAAGUCCUCCCAGGUCACGCUCUACGUCCUCGAGAAAGUGCCCACCCGCUACGGCGUCGUCCUCGGCUCCAUCAUCGGAGGAGCCUUGCUGCUGGUGAUCGUGGUGGUGGCCCUGGUGUAUCUCAUCCGGUACUGCUGGCUCCGGAGGCAGGCGGCCCUGCAGAGACGGCUCAGCGCCAUGGAGAAGGGGAAGCUGCAGAGAUCAGCCAAGGACGCGUCCAAACGCGGCCGCCAGGUCGUCAUGACCAUCGAGAUGGAGCUGAGGGGGGAGGCCGCCGAGGCCGCCGGCCUCCCGCCCGCCGCCAAGUCCCCGAGCAAGACCAGCCUCAAAAACGCCUUGAUGAACAUGAUCAAGAUGGACUCGGAGAAGUGACGCCCGGCCCCGGCGGCCCCUCCUGGCCCCCCCUUCCUCGAGGGAGAGGCCAGGACGCGGCCCGCGGGGCGUCCUCGGGGCUCCCCGGCCGCCGGGGAGGAGCGAGGACGCGGCCGGCUCUGAGCCGCGGGACCCGGCGGGGAGCGGGGUGUGGUCCUCGCCCAGGGUCCCUCGGCCUCGGGGACGCCCCGGGGUCCCCAGCCCGGACGAGGACGCCGGGAGGACGCCCCGAAGCCCCUCGACCGGCGCUUUCCCCCGCACGACCGCUGCCCCUGCCCGGCCCCAGGCACAGCUGUAAUUUUUUCUAUUCGAAGAUGCAACCACUGAGUUUUGGGCCCCGUCCCUGGCCGGUUCGAUCCCCUCCCUCCCCGGGGACCUGCAGGGUCCCCACGGGCUCGCACCGCCCCGAUCGCCCCCCAAAAUCUCCCGGAGGGUUUCUUUGCCCCAGCGUUGCCCCUUUUCUGGCCGUUUUCUCGUCUCUUCCCCACGACCGAGCCGCAAUGACGUCGUGGGGUGGCCCCCGCCACGUCCCCUCCAUCCCAAAGACCCCCUCCUCGUCCCCCUCCCCGAUUAACCCCCUGUGACGACACGUCCGAUAACCCCCCCGCCCAGCCCCAGCCCCUCUACGUCGGCCAAAGCCUUUUGGAGGAGGAGAGGCUUCGGCCGGGCCUGGAGGAGCCCCCGCCGCGGCGCCCAUCACUCUGGAGUGUUUUUCUACGCCCUGUACGUCCCCCGAACCCGACCUUAAUAAAGACUGACAUCUUGAGGAGCCAA